CGCAACUUUGUGUUACGGAUCGUAUUUAUUCAUUCUAAUAACGUUUAAAUAACUUCAUAUGUGGAAUGGAUGAUCGUGAACUUGAUUUGACAGAGGCACAAAAAGCAACCAAGUCAAAAUACCCGGCAAUCAACAAGAAAUACGAAUAUUUGGAUCACACAGCCGAUGUACAAAUUCAUUCCUGGGGAGAUACUCUGGAAGAGGCUUUUGAGCAAUGUGCCAUGGGCAUGUUUGGCUAUAUGACGGACACAGAGACAGUGGAACCUCUUGAUACUGUUGAAGUGGAGUCAGAAGGCGAAGACAUGGAAUCUCUUCUUUUCCACUUUCUAGAUGAUUGGUUAUUCAAGUUUAGUGCAGAUCUCUUCUUCGUUCCCAGGGAAGUCAAAGUGUUACAGAUUGACAGGAUGCACUUCAAGAUCCGUUCCAUCGGCUGGGGUGAAGAAUUCAAAUUGACCAAGCAUCCACAGGGAACUGAAGUGAAAGCCAUCACUUACUCUGCAAUGCAGAUCCAUGAUAUAGAAAAACCUGAGAUAUUUGCUAUUGUGGACAUUUAAGGACACAAUCAGUGGAAAAUCAUACUUAAGGUGCAAUAGGACUGAACUGCAAAUUUGGCCAUCUUAUACCUGUAGAUGGUCAUUUUAUCAAAAGCACUGAUGAAACUCUAAAGUUGGGCUGGCAAUUGGCUCUUUGAACUGUUUCCAAAGAGGAACAUUCUUCAGGGAAUCCCUCUAAUUAUGGAUAAUAAUAGUAAUCAUCAUCAUCACAUUUAUAUAGCGCUUCUCUAGACACCCAAAGCACUUCACGUUGAAGGGGUUAACUCACUUCAACCACCACCAAUGUGUAGCACCCACCUGGGUGAUGCAUGGCAGCCAUUUUGUGCCAGAACACUCACCACACAUCAGCUUGAGGUGGAGAGGGAGAAAUCAAUGCGCCCAAUGCAAACAAAGAGCUCUCUUCUAUUGCUUCAGAUUAGUGGGGUGAAUCCAAUAGAUACAUGAGAUUUAUAUUAUUUAAGUAAUCAAUCACAUAAACCUUCAGCUUCAAAGAGACGUCCAGGAGAGACGACAAAAAUAACAUCCAAAAGAUUUAUAGGAACCCCUCUGUUGAAUGAUAUUCUGGAAGAACUCCAUGAUUCAAAGUGAAAUGCAUAUGCAUUUUGUUUUGUUUGUUGUUGUUUUUUUUUUUACAUUAGGUUUUAUUUGAGAUGCUUUGCCCACUAUUACUAAUUAAAUGUUGUGUCAACAAAAGUAAAUUAAUUAAUUAAAUUAUUGUGAUAUUUCAUUUUUCACCAGUAAAUUUCACUCAAUUCAUGUAAUAUGCUUCUCCGAAGGUCUGAUUUAAUGGUUACUUUCAAAUAAACCUAUUA